AUGGGGUAUGAGAAAUUCACUUGGGUGAUUAAGAAUUUCUCAUCUUUGCAAUCUGAGUACAUUAAAUCUGAUAUAUUCGUGAUCGGUGGCUGCAAAUGGUGUCUUUUGGCCUAUCCCAAUGGAAAACAGAAUGCUAGUUAUUUGUCUCUGUAUCUGGAUGGUCCUACUUUAAAAACUUUGCCUUGUGGAUGUAGAAGGCGCAUAAGAUUUCGCCUAACUGUUGUAAAUCAACUCUCCGAAAACCUCUCCCGACGAGGAGAAGGAAAACGAUGGUUUGAUAAAAAGCUUCCUCUGUGUGGGUAUGAAGAAGUGCUUCUUCUUACCAAACUUAAUGCCAAACAUGGUGGAUUUCUUGUGAACAAUGAAGUCAAGAUUGUUGCGGAGGUAGAUGUUCUUGAAGUUAUUGGCAAAUUAGAUGUUUCUAAGGAAUCUCAAGAGGUAAUUAAACCUCGGAAAAGGAUGAGGCUAUAUGGUGAUGGUGGUGCGGUGUCUAGUCAUUUGCACAAGGAAACUUCAUCAGUAGAUGUCAAUGGGUUUCAAGUUCUUCCUUCACAGGCGGAAUCUGUGAAGCGUAUAUUCGAAAGACACCCAUACAUGGCAUUAGAGUUCCGAGCAAAGAACCAACAGUUGAGGGCAUCAUGUAUAAAUGUCCUCCUCAGCCUAAUCAAGACGUUGUGCCAGUCACUGCAAGAUAUUUCCAUUGAUGACCUAGGCCAAACAGAGCAAGUACUAACAUUCCUGCAAAAUUCUGGAUUUAAGGUGGAUUGGCUGGAGCGUAAACUGGAGGAAGUAAAGGAAAAGAAGAUCCAAGAGCACAUUGGUAAGUCUCGGAUGCAAGGAUUAGAGGAAGACCUGAAGGUCUUCAAGAAGAAGUGCUCUGACAUAGAAGCUCUACUGGAGAAAGAGAAGGAAGAACUCAAGGGAUUGAAGCAAAAGUGCUCAGACAUAGAAGCUCUGCUGGAGAAAGAGAAGGGAAAGGUGUUGGCUGCUGCUGCCAGAACUCCUCUAACGUUUGACGAUAUUCUCUGA